GCGACCAAACCAACGGUCUUCGCAAGCACCGCAGCGGCACCACAGCGGCACUACAGCAGACCGGGAGCACCUCAGCCCACGGCAUCAGCAAAAGAUCGGCGUGUGUGCAUCGAGCUUCGCCUUGAGCCUGUCCCUUCCUCGCAACCCGCAACAGGAGCACCGUUCGGGAGAGUCAUCGCCGGCCGCGAAUACAACAAGAUGACGACAGUGAAAAUCCUCGCCGUGGGUCCCGUCCGUGGACAGUACAAGACCUUUGCUUCCAAGAUCAGCUCCAUCCAUGCCAAGAACGGGCCCUUCGAUCUGAUCUUCUGUGUUGGCGAGUUCUUUGCGCCAACCGAUGAUGAAGAGGGAUCGGUGUCAAGUAACCAGCUGCAGAGCCUGCUCGAUGGAGAUCUCAAAGUCCCAACUUCUACCUAUGUUCUGUCCGGCAGCAGCAAGAUUCCCGAGAAGGCCAAGGCUGCCAUGGAGCGCUCUGGCGGCGAUCUUGCUGAGAACCUGUUUUUCCUCGGCCCGACCGGCGUUUACACGACCACCCAGGGCAUCCGCAUCGCAUACGUCGGAGGAGACGCUCGGGAUGCUGCCCAGCUCCGCAAUCUCCCGCGGCAAUGCGAGCAGCUUGCGGGCAAGGGUCCCAAGGGCAUCGACAUUCUGCUGUCGUUCGAGUAUCCGUUUGGCAUCCAGAACCAGUCCGAGCUCGCAGCCAAGGCCGGCAUCGAAGGUCAACUCGGCAGCCAGGGCUCUCGGGAUCUGGCUUCGGCUCGCGAGCCUUACUACAACACCAACGGAGCGACCCAUGUCACCCGCUUCAUCGGCCUGGGUCCCUUUGGCUCCAAGGCGGCGCGGUGGUUCUAUGCAUGCAACGUGACGCCCAUGUCGGCUAUGACCGAGGAGCAGCUCAGUGUCUUGCCUGCCUGUCGGGUGACAGACUCGCCGUUUAUGAGGACCUCGCUGUUUUCUGCAAACUCCAACAAGCGUGGCCCCGAAGUCGAGGAGGAUAUGGGCUUUUUCUGGAACACAGGCAAGCGACAGAGACCAGAUGGGCCGCCAGAUGGCUAUGUCUGCAAGAUCUGCAACAUCCCCGGUCACUUUGUGAAGGAGUGUCCGAACCGAGGCAGCAACAACGCCGCUCGCCCUCCUCCUCCCGAUACAUACACAUGCAAUGCUUGCAACCAAAAGGGCCACUGGAUCCAAAACUGCCCCGAAGUCCUCGCUCGCCAGGCAGCAAACAGCGAGGCUGGAGGAACUGGUGCAGGGGGGCCGCCUGACACAUACACCUGCAACAUCUGCAGCCAAAAGGGCCACUGGAUCCGAAACUGCCCACAGAAAUCGGCCCCGGGAGGCAACACAGCCGUGCCGGAGGGCUACUUGUGCAAGAUCUGCAACGUGCCGGGACAUUUGAUCCGCAACUGCCCCAAGGCCAACGAAACAACCGAGAAGAAGGCGUAUCUCGAGCAGCGAUCGCACGAGUGUUGGUUCUGUCUGUCGAAUACCAAACUUGAGAAGCAUCUGAUUGUGUCCAUCGGCGACGAAGUCUACGUCACUCUGGCCAAAGGCGGGCUGUCACCAUGGGGAGGGCACCUGUUGAUCGUCCCCAUCGCACACUAUCCCAACAUCCGACUGCUCGAAGACCCCGAGCUUGCUCGUGAGAACCCGGUUGAAGGCGCCGGCACCAUCACGGCCGAGGCUGGGCAGAGAAUCCUCGAUGAAAUGGAUGCGAUCAAGCUCAAGUUUGCAAAGGCAGUGGAGGAGCGGGACGAGGUUCUGGUCGCGUUUGAGAUGUUUGGCGGGUACUACUCGGGAUUUCAGCACAUGCAUCUACAGUUGGUGCCCAUCCCCAAGGCUCUCUUGGGCUCUCUUGAGCAGGCAUUUUCACAGGCGGCCGAGGGGGACGGAUACGACCUGACCGUCACCAACAUUGCGCACGACACCCGAGCGUAUCCCGUCGAUCCACAGUCCCCCUAUUGCCACGUCGAGUUCCGAGACACCAGUGGCGACACGAAGCAUAUCAUCAUCGCUCCAACGGCCGAGCGGCUCCAGGAGUAUCGCAAGGCCAUCGACGAGGGGCGCCGGGCCCGACGAGCCCUCAGUCUGAUCUUCCCACGCGCCGUCCUGGCCAACCUGAUAGGCAGACCGGACCAUGCCGACUGGAAAGCCUGCAUCCUGCCCAAGGAUGACGAGACCGUGCUGGCCAAAGACGUCAAGAAGCUCUUUGCGUGAUCAGCACGGACUUGCAUUGCUGCAGCAGAUUGGCGGGAUCCACGGAUGACCCGAGCCGCAUAUCACGAAGCACAGCCGACGCAGCAACGGAAAUAAAAGAGCGAUUUGGAUGUGUCAAAGCAAUCGAUUGUAUUCUGGAACCAAUUGGUCGCGAGAAGAACAUCAUGGUAGAAAGAA